AAUGUUUCAAGAUGGCUACUGACCUGAUUGGAGGCUCCGUUCCGCCUCUGUAUAGAGAGGUUUACGAAAUAGUGAGUCCCAAUCAAGAAAAUGUUGAUCACGAAACAUUUGUAAAAAUAUUGAAGAAGUCUGGCCUCCCACAAGCUACUCUAGCUCAGAUAUGGGAUGCAGUUGGUAGUAAACAAGGGGGCUUGACCAGAACUGGUCUAUACAAAGCUCUGGCACUCACAGCUCUUGCACAACAAGGCAAACCUGUCAAUGACAAGAUUUUGGAAACCUUCUCAGACCAAGAAUUGCCCAAGCCAUCACUUGGUGAAAUAUCAGACUUAAAAAGUCUCAGCAUACAAGUAAGACGAGAAAAAAUGCCAGACUUACUUGGUUACUCAUUUACAGAACUACAAAAUUUGGACAAUAUAAAAGUAGAACUUGUUCCAGAGAAAAAAGGAUUAAUAUUAAAACACAUUGAAUAUGAAGUUACAAGUUCAAAAUUCCGCUCCACAGUUUUACGUAGAUACAGCGACUUUGUAGCCUAUCAAGAACUGCUUCUUUUACGAUUUCCUUAUAGACUGAUACCAAAAUUACCACCAAAAAAAGUUGGCCCUGAUCGGGAGUUCAUUGAAGCAAGAAAAAAGUCCUUACGAAGAUUUCUUAGUUUGAUAGCCAGGCAUCCAGUUAUAUCAGAGGACAAAUUGCACAGAUUUUUCCUCACAUUUACAGGCUCAGAUUUCCAACAUAAGCUACGGGAAACAUUUAAAGGCCAACCUGAUGAAUUCAUGACAACAAAUCUCACAACUAAACCCAAGGAUAUGCAGCACAAAUUGAGAGAUUCAUUUAGAGGGUACCCUGAUGAAUUUGUCACCACAGAUCAUGGCCGCAGUGCCAAGGACAUGGUGCCAGUUGACACCCAGUUACAAUUUGGCAACAGCAAACAACACUUACGUAUUCUCUUUGAUAGCAUCACCAAGUUAAAGGAAGUUGCAGAGAGAAUGGUGCUCUAUACACAGGGAUUUGCCUCAGAUAUGCUCAAGUUUGGCAAAGAAUUAAGUAUUCUUGCUGCAGAUCAAACCCCGAUAUCAAUGUGGGCCACUGGUAACAAUACCACAUGGUACCACCUAAAGAAAGGUUUCAAAGUACUCUCCAUAGAAUAUGCAACAUUGAGUGACAAAAGCUCUACCCAGUCAAAGAGGGAAGAUGACGCUGUUGUAGAGAGGUUAAACCUAUUUCUGGAUAUGCUGUCAUCAUACAGGGAAUUGUGUGAUAGGCAUGAAAAAGGAGUUUUAAAUGACCAUCAGCGAGCUAUAGCAAAAAUGGGUCAAUAUAAAAAGAAAAAGAUGUCUGCUACAAUACAGGGUGCUCAGGAGUCACAUACCGUUGAACAGUUGGAGGGACGUAUAUUAGAGCAAGAAAGUCAAAUAAUGAAUAUGGAGAACCGGAACUAUUUUUCCCUGCAUUGUCUUCAAAUGGAGACCCAGUUAAUCCAUGCCAACCUGGACUUAUUGUUUACUGCCAUAGAAAGCAUGGUGUUUGAGGAGGCCAAAGGACACCUAGAGUUAAGCCAAACUUGGGAACAAAUUAAACCUAUAGUGUGCCAGCUUUUGCCUGCUGAUGCUAGGAACAGCAAUAAUAAUACUUCGCCCAGAAUGUCACCUCUCGCCUCUCCCACAUUGGAGAAACCUGGAAUAACAAUAUAACACAACACAGUUGCCACUACCAGAUAGAUUAGGCCAUGCAAUGAUAGUGGCUAUGUAACAUUACCAGCUGGGUUACCAUGCAACAUAGUGGCCACGUGACAUUAUGAACUGGAUAUCGCCACAUACGUAGUGGUCCUGUGAUAUUACUAGCUAGAUGUUGCUAGUGGCUAUGUGACAUUAUUAACAGGAUGUUGCAACAUAAUCUAGUGACCAUAACCUGUUGGAUGUUGCCAUGGAACAUAGCGGCCAUGCUGCAAUAUCAGCUGGAUGUUGCCAAUUAUAACAUAGUGGCUAUGUGACAUUAUGUUGGAUGUUGCCAUGAUACAACAUGAUAGCCAUGUGUCACUAUCAGCUAGAUUUGGCCAUAUAUUACUCACUAGUCAUGCAGCUAUGCUGAUUUCAUGCCACAUCAGAAUAGAAAAAUAUUAUUCUGCGAAGUUCAUGAUGACCACCACUUGACUGUCAAAGAAAAUUUCCUUUUUAAAGCAUAACUUGAGAAUAAUAACUUAGAUCUGCAUUAAAUAAGUUCACUAACACUAUUAACUGACUAAGUUCAUUGAAAAAAAAUAUUGAUAUGGAAAAAGUUCACUUUAUGGCUGUUGGCUUGACUGAAAUCACCAUGUGAGCCCAGAACCAUGUAAGCCCAGCACCAAUUGUACUAUUGCCAAUGUUACUAGGAGGCAUUUUAGGUCCAUGUAUUUACUUGUUACAGUUCUAGAUCACUGAUAGUGAAAUGGAAAAUUGAAAUUAUAUAUUGGAAUCGAGAUGGCUCCUAUGAGAAUUCACACUGGCAUAAAAUAAACCUAUGAACAAUGACACAAAAUAAGUCUCACUUUCAAAACACUAUACCAUAAGCCUGACUCUCAGGGCACUGGCAUGAAAUAAAUGAGCCUGAUAGCACUGGCAUCAAAUGUGUGUGGCCAUCCGAGCAUCUUGAAUGAAGCAAUCAUUACCAUUGGAACUCUGGUAUAAUGUAGAAGAUACUGGUAUAAUUCAUAUUUUGAACACAGACUGGUGGUGGUGUUGACCAAUAAGAAUAUUGACUUAAUCUGCUGUAUAGACAAUAUAUAUGAGAAGUAAAAUGAUUGUCAUAAAUACACAAAAUGGCUUCACAUAUUCUUUUGAUUGAAUGAGACUACAUCUGCUUGUAUGUAAUGUCUGUAAAUAGUGACGAUUCUUCAAAACAUUGUGCUUAUGUCACCUUGAAAUUCCCAGUCUUCAUAUUUUUGUGACUUUUCUAUGAUGAAUCUUUGCAAACUUAAUUCUGUAUGCCUUGUUUCAUAGGCUAGUUGCUGUAACAUCGUAAUAAUAACUUCUUUAUUCAGUAUUUUAUGAAGGGCCAAGCUUUGUUUCAUACAUAAUAAUAUCAGGUUUGGUGUAUAACUAACAAACAAAAAACAGUGCAAUAAAGUUGUAUGAAUGAAAAACUUGUAAAAUAUAGAAUGCUUUGUCAUUAUAUGUGGCCACUUGUCAGAUGCUGUAACAGUAUUACAGACCUGCCAAACAUUGGGUUGGUGAAGUUCAUGAGAACUCAAAACAUGCCUGGUGAUCAGGUAAACUAACUUCAUAUGCUUCUUAAUGUCUAUAAUAUCCUUCAACUGGACAUCACUGCACAACCUCUUCUAUAUGUGCCAUGUAUGGAGGUUAAGAAAAUUCUCACAAACUUCACCAACUGUAUGCUCUGUAAUGCUGUUACAUAAAAUUGUUUUGGUAAAUAGAUCCAAACAUGUGAAUAUGUAAAUAUAGUGGAUCUGGCAACAGUCAUGUCCAGAGUAAAUAUAAACUAUAGAGAUCAGGACUCAGAAAAAAUGAUUGAUACUAUUUGGUGAAAUGUUUGAGAUUAUUUGUCUGUAUAAUUGUAAAUAAAAAUAAAGUAUUGUACAGUUCAUAUUUAAUUUUAUAUAAAUAUUUUUUCUUUGUCAUUGCAAUUCUCAGUUCAAAAACUAAAGGUUAGUGAGCAAUUGUAGUUAAUUAUAAAAUACAUUAGUGUGCUGAAAUAUAUAUUUAUUCUGGACUAUAAGGAUGAUGUUUGUAAAUCUUUGAAUCUACAGCUGAGAGAAUAUGGUAAUAUGGUGUUUUAAGGGCUCUCAAGCAAAUUAUUAGAAAAUGCAAGUUCAGCAAUCUGUUAUCAAAAUAAGUAUUUACAAGAUAAGAAAAUAAAUUCAUCAUAGACAAAAUUAUUCUAAAAAGUGGAGAUAAUUAUUCAUGUAUGAAAGCAUUUUUUAGAGAUAUGAUUCAAAUUAUGGAAAAGACUGAAAUCACAAAUUCAGAAUCUUGCAUUUCUGGACAGUUAUCUCAAAUUAUGAUCAAACUUACUCAAAUGUCUCACAUACAGGGUGACUGGAAAAAAGGAGACCACUGAGGUAGGCAAUAUCUCCUAAACUAGACAAGUGACAUCAA